CAUGUCAGAAACCACCAUUUUUCAUGUUGGGAAGAAGGUAAUCUGGGCUCGCCUCUGAAUUUCGAUCGGCUUAUGCCAUCUCCCAACAUCCAUGCUACAGCCAGCAUCCCUGGAUUAAAAAUUAUGGAGAAGAAUUUCUCAAUCACUUUCCUUUUUCUCUUCUUCAUCUCUGCUGCUUUCAUCCCCACCUCAGGGGCUAACUACACAGAUUCUCACGAUGUCUAUUGGCAAGAAAGGGCUGCUUUGGCCAGAGCACGCAUCCUUCAAGCCUACAACCCAAAUCCAGAGGCAAUCGUCACCGACUUCAACCAAAAAACAAAAGAGGCCCUGGAACACUCCCAGGUGAAUAGAGCUCCACAUAACGGCACCAGGAGGAAUUUGGGAAGGAAAUACAUGGGCCCAUGCGUGGCCACCAACCCGAUCGAUAGGUGCUGGAGGUGCAAUCCCAACUGGGCCCUAAACCGCCAGAAGUUGGCGGACUGCGCCCAAGGAUUCGGCGCUGCAGCCACAGGUGGAAAGUUUGGCCCCAUAUAUGUGGUGAGAGACCCGUCGGACAACGACAUGAUGAACCCAAAGCCUGGAACCCUGCGUCACGCUGUGAUCCAGCCAGGCCCGCUCUGGAUCAUCUUUUCCCAUAGCAUGAACAUAAAGCUAAACCAGGAACUGAUCAUGACGAGCGACAAGACCAUCGAUGGGCGUGGAGCGUUGAUUCAGAUAACGGGAGGUGCUGGUCUCACCAUCCAGUUUGUUCACAACAUCAUCAUUACCAACUUGAAAAUAACUAACAUAGUGCCAUCCCCUGGCGGCACCAUCAGAGACUCCGUCAACCAUUUUGGAUUCAGAACGGGCUCGGAUGGGGAUGCCAUUAACAUUUUCGGAUCUCACAACAUUUGGAUCGACCAUCUCUCCAUGUCUGGAGGUGCUGACGGCCUCAUUGAUGCCGUCAUGGGCUCUACAGCUAUAACAAUAUCCAACUGCCACUUUGUUCGUCACGACAAGGUGCUGCUGUUUGGAGGGAGGGACAUGGAUGAAAUUGACAGCAAAAUGCAGAUAACGCUUGCAUUCAACCAUUUUGGCAAGCAUUUGGUGCAGAGAAUGCCCAGGUGCAGACGCGGAUUCUUCCACCUGGUCAACAACGACUACACGCACUGGCUGAUGUAUGCCAUCGGCGGAAGCCACCAUGCCACCAUCAUAAGUCAAGGGAACCGGUACAUUGCACCACCUUUGCCAGAUAAGAGGCAGGUGACCCAUAGGGAAGCCGACUCCCCAGAAUCGGAAUGGCGGAAAUGGACAUGGGUAACAGACCAUGAUGUCUUUUUGAACGGAGCCUAUUUCGUUCCGUCUGGUGAUCCAAACGGAGCAGCUACAUAUCUAGCUCUAGAGAAAAUUAGACCAGCUCCAGGAGAGCAAGUUUACGACCUCACAAGGUUCGCAGGUGCUCUGAAAUGCGUGGUGUCGCUACCGUGCUAGUUAAAAUUUUGCAGAUGCAUGAAAUUGUUAGGCAAAAUGUGCGACUGAUUAGUUGGCACGUGAUUAAGAUACUGAAGGGAGACAAAUGAAAGGUUUCCCCCUCUACAGUUUGUCUUCUGCUAAUAUAAAGAAGAAAACUUUGUUAAAGAUACAUAGAAUAAUAGGAGAAUUAUUAUUAUAUCUUGGGUGUCAUCUUUUGCACUUGUAUUGCAAACUUUGAAACAUAAAAUUGCAAUAAAAGCUCUAGGACAACGAUUUUUUACUUA